AAAAUCAACUUUGUGGGUUUUUUUUCGUUCCAAGAUGGCAGCCUCCAGCCGCGCACAGGUGCUGGAUCUGUACUGGGAGAUGCUGAGGGAGAGCAAGCACUUCUCCGCCUACAACUACAGAACUUACGCCAUCAGGAGGAUAAGAGAUGCCUUCACAGAAAAUAAGAAUGUAAAGGAUCCUGUACAAAUUCAAGCCCUAAUGAAUAAAGCCAAAAGAGACCUUGGAAUAAUCCGUCGACAGGUACACAUUGGCCAAAUGUAUUCGACUGACAGGCUCGUCAUUGAGAAUCAAGAGAAGCCCAGGACCUAGGUAGCCGGGACCAGCCACCACCGGCAGCCGUGGACCACUUUCAGCAUCCAUCCUGCUUGGCAAGGGCACUCCCAGCAGACCACAAGUGGCCUCUCGCAUCAGCUUUAAAUAGCUUCUCACUCUGCCUGCCCUAUAGGAACUCAUGAACUGAGGGAGGUUCCCGUUCUCCUGCAGUCUUAGUGACAAAGGGUGGCUGUCUCUCCUUGGUUCAAGUGUUAGAAUGAAGAGCUGGAGCUCCUCAGGAGAAUGUCGUGUAUUACUGUGUCUCCUCCAGCACACCCCUCCUUGUAGCCCCUCAGCACUUGUAUACAGCAUUACCAGAGUUUGUUUCUUGGUCCUUGACAAUAAAGAGAAGGUCCCUAGGCCUUCUAUACCA